AUAGAUAUCAGCAGAGCCAGUAUGAAGUGCUAAAAAGUGAUAUGCAAAGGUUAUCAAAAAGUGAUACGCAAAGCAAUAAAGCAUAUCAGAUAUUGCACCGUAUUCGAAAGCUAAAUCAAAAUGUAGUACAUAUUCUAAUGGAUUUACGUAGUGAUAAUUUGCCAACAGACCGUGAGAAUUUACUUCGUUUUAUCAGCUAUCAAUGUAAUAUCGCAGAGUAUCCUGAUCUAGAAGAGGCUUAUUGUGAUAAGAUACUUACUCCAGAUAGCAGAUAG